AUGCGAGGAUGUCUGCAGGUAGCCCGAUGGCUCAGCGCGGCGCCGAAACCUCGGGCGGCGAGCCUCAAGUCGCUGGCUGGACUUCCCACCCGCUAUAAUUCCCUCCGAUCCUUCACAGCCUCUGCAGCUUGGAGUGCUCGAUCAAAGUCGGGCCAAAACACUCCGGAUACAAAUCUUGAGCAACGAAUUGCCGCCAUCCCCCUCGAUCGAUAUCGCAACUUUUGCAUUGUCGCACACGUCGAUCAUGGCAAGAGCACCCUCUCCGACCGAUUACUAGAGCUCACCGGUACCAUCAAACCGGGUCAAAACAAGCAGGUGCUAGACAAACUGGAUGUUGAGAGAGAACGGGGAAUCACAGUGAAAGCGCAGACAUGUACGAUGAUCUACAACCACAAAGGGGAGGACUACUUGCUACACUUGGUGGAUACACCCGGACAUGUGGAUUUUCGUGCAGAAGUGUCGCGAAGUUAUGCCAGUUGCGGUGGUGCCUUGCUUCUUGUUGAUGCUAGUCAAGGCAUCCAGGCGCAGACUGUAGCCAAUUUCUAUCUGGCUUUCGCACAGGGCCUUGAGUUGAUCCCCGUUAUUAACAAAGUCGACCUACCAUCGGCAGAUCCAGAGCGGGCUUUGGAGCAGCUAAGAAACUCAUUUGAGUUGGACACUGAAAAUACCGUCCUGGUAUCAGCCAAGACCGGGCUGAACAUCGAAGCCAUUCUUCCCACGGUUGUCGAGAAGAUUCCUGCGCCCAUUGGUGAUACACAGAAACCCCUUCGUAUGUUGCUGGUUGAUUCUUGGUAUGAUUCCUACAAGGGUGUGAUUCUUUUGGUGCGCGUUUUCGAUGGCGAGGUCCGUGCCGGCAUGCAGCUGGUAUCAUUUGCCACGGGACUGAAAUACUAUGUUGGAGAAGUUGGAAUCAUGUAUCCAACGGAGACAGCCCAAUCAGUCCUCCGCGCGGGCCAAGUCGGAUACAUUUAUUUCAACCCCGGAAUGAAACGAAGCAAGGAAGCCAUGAUCGGCGAUACAUUGGCUAGAGUGGGCCAGGAGAAGCAAGUGGAAGCCUUGCCAGGCUUUGAAGAGCCAAAGUCGAUGGUUUUUGUUGCUGUAUACCCUAUCAAUGCUGAUCUUUUCGAGCAUUUGGAUGACAGCAUUAAUCAGCUCGUCUUGAAUGACCGAAGUGUGACAGCUCAAAAGGAAUCCUCCGAGGCCCUGGGAGCCGGAUUUCGCAUGGGAUUCUUGGGCACUCUUCAUUGCUCUGUUUUCGAGGACCGCCUCCGUCAGGAACACGGUGCAAGCAUCAUCAUCACACCCCCGUCUGUCCCCGUCAAGGUUGUGUGGAAGGACGGCACGGAAGAAAUCAUCACCAACCCGGCAAAGUUUCCGGACGACGAACGCCUACGUGUUAAGGUUGCCGAGGUCCAGGAGCCCUAUGUGUUGGCAACACUGACCUUCCCUGAGGAGUACUUGGGAAAGGUGAUUGAGCUUUGUGAAGCAAACCGAGGCGAGCAACAGAGCAUUGAAUACUUCACUGCCAGCCAAGUUAUCAUGAAAUAUGAACUUCCCUUGGCACAUCUCGUCGAUGAUUUCUUCGGAAAGUUGAAGGGAGGCACCAAGGGCUAUGCUAGUUUGGAUUAUGAGGAAUCUGCUUGGCGCGCAGGCAAUAUUGUCAAGCUUCAGCUUCUAGUGAACAAAGAGCCUGUUGAUGCCGUGUCACGACUCAUGCAUAUGAGCCAGGUUAGCCGCCAGGGAAGAACAUGGGUGUCCAAGUUCAAGGAACACGUUGAUCGGCAACUUUUUGAGAUUGUGAUCCAAGCUGCUGUUGGCAAAAAGAUCAUUGCUCGUGAGACUAUCAAGCCUUACCGCAAGGAUGUCUUGGCCAAAUUGCAUGCCGCCGACGUAAGUCGCCGACGAAAGCUCCUGGAGAAACAGAAAGAGGGUCGCAAGAGGCUUCGUGCAGUUGGCAAUGUUGUGAUUGACCACAAAGCCUUCCAGGCAUUCUUGUCCAAAUGA